AUGGGGGACAGGAAAGGUAAGGAGAUUCAGAUGAUGGACGGCGAUGAGGAGCUGGUGCUACAGAUUAGGGACCUCGAUGCAUCGGAGGAAGAAUCGAACAACAGCAGCAGCUCGUCUGGCUCCUCGUCUCUGGGCUCGUCAGGCACGGUCGAAACGGAGCCCUUGACUGCGAGCACCGUCACGAUGAUGUCAAUGGAGCCCAUCUCUGCCGCAAACGUCGGAUCUCUGCUGCGAUUCUUCCAAUCGAUGUUCUUCGAUUCCUGGAUCACCAUCUCCUACCUCUACAAGUUUCGCGAGCACGCAGGCGUGUGCGAUUACCUUUGCAACGAGCUCUACAAGUUUCAAGAGCGCGAGGUGGAGAAAUACAUUCCACAACUUUGCAUCUUGUUGCUAAACAAGAAGGAGAAGGACAGCUCCCUUGCGCGCUUCAUGAUGGACAAGUGCGCCUCUUCUAUGCACUUCGCGCUUCAGAUCGCCUGGCAGCUGCAGGCGUACAUCACCUAUGGCGGAGAUCGGCUGCCGACGACGCCGCAGGAGAAAGAGUUCAAAGAACGUUGCCUUCGACUGCACGAAGAGGUCGAGAUCGCCACCGUCAACUGCAAGAGCUCCCUUCGUCUCAGGGCUCUGGUGGACUUCUCGCCGUUCGUGUCGGUGGGAGGGCCUGCCAAGAGCGAAGGCGAUGUGGUGGAGGACAUCGAUCGGUCCCUCGACCCUCUCCUCUACGCCCGGAGGCUGAUGCGCAGCCUGGGCGCACGAAGGAACUCGCUGCCGCAGCACAUCGACCUGCCUUCGCCUCGCAGGCGCGACAGCGAUGCUCCCGCUCCCGUCCAGAGGUCUGCCGCCGCGCCCGAGAGCGACGCCGGUGAGGCCGAGCACAGUGCCAGUGCGACGUCGGCCACGAACGGAGACGAAACGUCGGCCCCUGCCGCCGGUGAGACCGCCUCGAGCGAGGACAGCGGAAACGAAAAGGAUGACAACGAGCUCUACCAGGACAACAAGGAGGCGGAGGAAGACUCGUACAAGAGGUGGGACGAAGCCCUCAACACGGACGCGCUGCCGCAGGAGGACGCCAUGCACAUCAUCAUCGGCCUGUCCAAGCGCGAGCGGGCGCAGUACUACAGCAACGUGGUAUCAUUUGUAGAUAAACUCAUCGACAUCGGCGAACAGCUCAUUCUCGUGCCCGAUGACCAGCGAAAGGAGCGACUCGAGCGGGAUCUCAAGUAUCUCGGCGAGCACCUGGUGGAUGGCCUCUACCUCCCCAUCUGCGGCGCGACGGACUCGCACCACUGCAUCGUUCGAUUGCUGCCGCAGGAGUCCAUACCCCUGCACUCCAAGGCCAGGGUACCUUAUUUAUUUUUCUACGAAAUCAUCGAGAGCGGGGAGAAGUGUUCUGCGCCCAACCUCCAUAACUUCAACCUCGAGAGCGCACGCUUGGGCGCCGGCGUGCCCGGUGUGCUCUCGCCCUUUGACGAGCCCAACGCCGUCGCCGAUCCUUCGAAGGCCGGCGCCGCCGCCGCCGCGAAGAAGCCCAAGUCCAAGAACGGCAGCCCCGCAGCGGCCAAGCGCACCUCACAGUCGGCCAAGCAGUCUGUCUCGCCGCUCACCCCCUCGAGGCGAGUCAAGGCGUCGUCCAUCGUGCGCAAGAUGGGCUACUAUUCCGAGGAGAACCUGCCCUCGCUGCAGGACGAAGACAGCGAAGACGACGACGGCCAAGAAAAUGGGGAGUGGACGCCCGACUCACCCUUUGCCGAUGACCGCAACAACGGAGGCGACCACAGCGACGUCGAUGGGCUGGAGCAGGACGACGAGGGGGAAGAUGAGGGCUUUUCCCUCAAGAUCGGCGACGGCUCGAGAAGCGAAUCCGAUGUCGCCAUGCUCGAGAAGCUCUACGAGAUGGGCAAGCGAUCCGAUGAGUCCGACAGCGAGUCGCAGCACGAGGAGAGCGAAGCCGAACCGACCAAGCCCGCUCCAGUGGAGGAGCCCAAGCCCGAGGAGCCGGAGCAGCCCGAGCAGCCCGAGCAGCCCGAGCCUCAACCGCCGGCGGCUGCGCUGGCCGUCGUGCCCGUCGACGUUACGAACGGCAAGCCGGACCAGCCCGAGGUCACGCUCUGCUCCAUCUUCGGCGAGAGCUGGAAGGACAAGGAGAAUCGAAUUCGGAAGGAGUCGCCCUAUUCUCACCUUCCCAACUGGAAGCUGGCUGCGGUGAUUGUGAAGAGCGGAGAUGACUUGCGCCAAGAGCAGCUGGCCUCGCAACUGCUCACGCACUUCAAGGAGAUAUUCGAAAACGGGCUGCUGCCGCUGUUCCUCUACCCGUUGCGCAUUUUGGUGACGUCGGCGGACAGCGGGCUGAUCGAGCUCAUCCCGGACUCGAUCUCUCUCCACCAACUCAAGAAGCGGACCAACUGCAUGUCCCUCGCGCAGUACUUCAAGACGGUGUACCGCACCCAAGAGAGCCUGGACAGGGCGCGUCUCAAUUUUGUGGAGUCGAUGGCGGCGUACUCGCUGGUCUGCUAUUUCCUUCAGGUGAAGGACAGGCACAACGGCAACAUCAUGAUCGAUUCCGAGGGCCACAUCAUCCACAUUGACUACGGCUUCUUCAUCUUCAACAGUCCCGGUUCGCUCAAUUUCGAGUCGGCGCCGUUCAAGCUGACGCCAGAGUAUGUGGAAGUGAUGGGCGGCGCGGGCUCGACGCUAUUCACGUACUACAAGGAUCUGCUCUUCCGCGGCUUCAUGGAGGCGCGCAAGUAUCACGAGAAGAUCAUCCUCAUCCUCGAGAUGUGGCUCAUCAACUCCAAGUACAACACGUCGGUGCUGCCGUGUCUGGCUGGCGGUAAGCCGGCGGUGGACGCGAUGGCGGAGCGGUUCCGGAUGGGCUACACGGAGAAGGAGUGCCGGGACUACAUCGAUUCCCUGGUCCAGACGUCGCUGGGCAGCUGGCGCACGCGGGAGUACGAUCGGUUCCAGUUCCUCACCCGCGGCGUCCUCUACUCGAGCUGA